GCAAAACGAAAUAAGAAAAGCCGCGCGGUGCAAACGUUUGCCAAGCAAAAAACCAAAUUUUUCUUUACAAAAAAUACAACUGUAGAGUAGAAAGACCCAUUUGCGCUACAGUACACUUGCCAUAAACUUUGUAACAUGGCGCUUGUUAAACCAAAAUCAGAGCUCUCGCCCGAGGAGCUGGCCCGCCAAGAGGAGGAGGAGUUCAACACUGGGCCGCUCUCUGUGCUCACACAAUCCGUCAAGAACAACACACAGGUGCUCAUCAAUUGCCGCAACAACAAGAAAUUGCUGGGCCGUGUCAAAGCCUUCGAUCGCCAUUGCAACAUGGUGUUGGAGAACGUCAAGGAGAUGUGGACUGAACUGCCGCGCACCGGCAAGGGCAAGAAGAAGGUGAAGCCCGUGAACAAGGAUCGCUUCAUUUCAAAAAUGUUCCUGCGUGGCGAUUCCGUCAUCCUGGUGCUGCGUAAUCCGCUUGCUACUGCGGCGGGCAAAUAAUAGGGCGCCCCGCAAAGAAACAAAUCAACAACAAAAAUAGAAAGAAAACCACAAAAACAACCACAAUCAAUAAAACCAAACGCUAUUCACUUUAGUUUAAUUAAAA